GAUGAUAUCGGCCACCCGGAGAGCGUUUCUACGCCGUUUCGUUUAAAUGCAGCAAAAUUAAAGUAUAAUUUAGUUAUAAAAAUGUCUAAAUCGCUUGUGAAAAAAGCAUUUGCUUUAGCAGAACAAGAACUGUCUUCGUCAAAGCACAAAACAGAUGGUAAAAGCACUCACAAUUGCCGUCCAAACAUUGCACCAAUAACACAAUCUGUUCUCGUUACAGAAAAAGCAACCAAACGAAAAGCAAGUGCUAUGGACCUGAUACCUCGACACCAGAAACUAGUACAGAUAGUUGGGAAGAAAGGGAAAAAGGUAGAAAAAGAUUUGAUACGCCGGCGGGAAAAGCUCACCGUCACGGACGUACGACAAGAGCUUGCCAAUCGGCGCGAUCCUACAGACGAUAACGUUAAAAAACUGCUAAUGCUAACCACAUCCAACCUGGACGAUGUAUCCCGCGAAACGAUCUUAAAGCGUGCGCGCACCGGUCACUACGUAUCACGGGUACGCGUGCCAAAAAGCAACAGAAAUAAGAAUGAAAGCACAACGGCUACAGAUGAAACAGGUAACACAGGUGCCGCAGGAGAAAGUGUAUUUACUGAGGAUGAUUUUGCUAACUUUGCAAAAGAGUUGGAAAAAAGUGGAUUACUGCAUUGAAAUAAAGAGGUAAACGAGUGGUUAAUGAUUUUA